CUGUGCAGCGCGCGGGCUCUCUUGCGCACGCCAAAGAGGCGCUCACUUCUCUCAGUUUCACUCUCUCAAACGCCGUCGCCUGACUGGGAAGCUCUCCGUGGAAAACUAUUCUCUCUCUCUUUUUUUUUAAUUUAUUUAUUUAUUUAUUUUUGCUUUUUUUUUUUUUUACCUACUCCCCACGGCUCGAGUUAUCGGCAAACCGAGAACUUGUUUAUUAUUUCCGCGUGUAAUAACGUAUUCAGAUGCGAGGAUGUGCUUUCCCACAUGAGGGUUUAGAGCCGUGCCAUGGUUUUGACCCGGGGUUUCCUCAUGGAAAUGAGACGCUGUUCUUCUAUGGGUACAUGAAUCUGAGUUCCAGCGGCCAGAUGCCUGUGAUGGAGGAAGUCGAUACCAGUGAGAGCAACGGCAUGGCGAAGAGAAUUGCUCUCAUCAGCUUCCUGUCGCUGGUCAUGCUUAUGAGCGUCCUGGGAAACCUCCUGGUCAUGGUGGCCGUCUGCAAGGAUCGGCAGCUCAGGAAAAUUAAGACCAAUUACUUUAUAGUGUCACUGGCCUUUGCUGACCUGCUGGUAUCAGUGCUAGUGAUGCCAUUUGGGGCCAUCGAGCUAAUCCAUCAGAACUGGAUCUAUGGCGAGACGUUCUGCCUGGUGCGCACCUCGCUGGAUGUGCUACUCACCACUGCCUCCAUACUGCACCUGUGCUGCAUAUCUCUGGACAGGUACUAUGCCAUCUGUUGUCAGCCUCUGGUCUACAGGAACAAAAUGACACCACUGAGAGUUGCUCUUAUGAUAGGAGGAUGCUGGAUUAUCCCAACUGUCAUAUCCUUCUUACCAAUUAUGCAAGGCUGGAACAGUAUUGGAAUAAAUGAUUUGAUAGAAGCGCGGAAGUUCAGUGGCAACUCCACAGUAUGUGUGUUCAUGGUGAACAAGCCAUAUGCUCUCACCUGCUCUGUGGUGGCCUUCUACAUCCCACUGGGUCUGAUGGUGCUCGCCUACCAACGCAUCUAUGUAACAGCACGUGAGCACGCCCGUCAGAUCAGCAUGCUGCAGAGGGCAGGUGGAGCGGCCUCCGGCCCUGAGAGUGCUGAACACCAGCGGAACCACCGCAUGCGCACUGAGACCAAAGCAGCAAAGACUCUGUGCAUCAUUAUGGGCUGCUUUUGCCUGUGCUGGGCUCCAUUCUUCAUCACCAACGUGGUGGACCCUUUCAUAGACUACACAGUGCCCGAACAGCUGUGGGCAGCAUGCCUGUGGCUGGGCUACAUCAACUCCAUGCUCAACCCCAUCCUCUAUGCCUUCCUCAACAAGUCCUUCCGUCGUGCCUUCCUCAUCAUCCUCUGCUGCGGCCACCAGCGCUACCGACGGCCCUCCAUCCUCGCACCUAGAACACCCUGCACAGCUACACAGAUCAACGGCUCCACACACGUGCUCAAGUACUCAGUUCUACACAAUGGAAACAACAUCGAACAGGAGAAACUGUCAGUGCAGAAUGACACAGAGUCACAGGAAUCCUGCUUCUGACCACAUUUCAUCGGGGCAGAAACUGGAAGGUGCCAUCGCUCGCCAUCAGCCCCCUCAAAUCUGCAGUACAAACUCACACAGGGGAGUCCAGGAACAAAUUACUGAGUGGUGGACUGAGCUGAGUUAUAUGCUCCAAAAUCUUGUGAACAAUGUUGCCAAAGGUAUUUGAUUUAUAUUUAAGGAUUUCAUUAUUUCGGAUGUUUAACGACCAGACUGGUUAACGAGGUUUAACCUCGUUGGUUUCCGCUUGUUCCCCUGUGACUAUUAUUAAGUAACAUGCCAAAAUAAGAUUUCACACACAUUUUUUAUUUUUAUUUUUUUUUUGUGAGGAAUAUUUAAGCCGAAUUUACAAUCAGGAGAACAUUUCUACGACCCAGAACUUGCAUAACAAACACACUGUGUUAAACUUUAUUGGCUUUAAUUGAGUCUCACAUUCAUACUUGUUCUUUUUUUGUUGUUGUUGUUGUUUAUUUGUUUUUACAGAAAGCAUAAAAAUGUUAAAGAAACAUAAUGUUCUGCAAAUAGUUUGUACGACAGAACAUUUUGAUGCGGUCUUUUGACACUGACAGACAACUGACAACAGAAAACGUGCCUUUUGGGUGAAAUGAAUUUAUGUACCUGUGAUCUCUAAAAAAAAAAUUUCCACGACAUCGAUUUAGUCCUCAUGGAUCCAAAACUGAGGUCAUUGUUUGGACAGGAAUGAUGGUACUUGUGUAUCCUUGUUAAAUCCAUGUUAUUGUUGUAUUUUUUUUGGUUUCACAGAUGAUAUAGCCCUCUCAAACAUGUCAGUUUCUCUCUCUGAUCAUACUCAUCAUCAUAUGAACAUCAGAUAAGUUCUAUGUUCAUUUAGACCAUGGUUCUGCUUUGCAUACCUCACCGAAUAUUUAUUUAUAUAGUCAUUACCAUCUACUGCAUUGUCUAGUUUAAUCCAGGGUGCCUGAUAUGAGUGCAUCCAACAUAUACAAUUUCUUACGAAUCUGCAGAACAAAAACCAUAUCCGUGCGCUUCAGACAUUCAGAUUGUCUUCCUAAAAUUCAUUCUGAUCACAAAACCCAUCCGGAAAUCAUCAGCUUAUAGACAAGAGAUCAUAAGCAUCAACUCUUCAGCGUCAGCUAUUCUCAGCAGAGAAAUCAUUUUCCAUCCAGAGACAUAGAAAGCGAAUGGAAAACCCCUUUGGAAAUCAUUAUUCCCUUCAUGCUUUUAUUUUUUAUUUCUACAUAAUAAUCUCUUCUGCAAUUAAAGCACUUAUAGCACUUUUAAAAGAUAUCGAUUACAGUUUUCAUAAAUAAUACAGUAUUCUGGUUGCUAAUAUUUUAUCGGAGACCAAAAUUUUUAAAAGGAAGAACGAGGAAAGAUUCCUUAAAUGUGACAGUUUGUUAAAGUGUUAAGUGUGGUGCUGUGUUGUUUCACCCCGAAAAAAGAGAGGGAAGCUCGUGAACAAACAGCUCCAUGUGCUCUGCAUAUGCUCUGUACAGCUAAAUGUGCUCUGAUGGGGAGGGGGGAAACCCUCACAGUGUAUUUUCUCCUUUUGCCAACAAAGCUAAAACCAUUCACAGGCUAGGAUAGCAAAAGGUAUAAUUUUAUGUUUUGGUUUUUUUUAGCAGCUGGUCUUUAUAUGCUGAAGGUCAGAGCUCGGCAACGUAAGUCUGUUUCGAUUUCGCUGUAAAUAGGAAUAAUUUAUGCGAGGAAUCUGGUUGUGGUCUGCGUGAACCCUUGCUUCAGUCCGAGGCAUUAUUCUUGCAGAUUAGUGUAACAGUUAGCAUAAAUGCUGGACUGCACAGUGUAAGCAACAUCCCACAGAGAUAUAUUCACAAGAUCACUUACAUGUUCACAAUCAACUUGUACUCAUAAAGACUUCAGAAAAAUACUGCCAGACAGAAUUUCCUAUAGACUGUGAAGCUUGGAACUGAACUGAAAAAAAAACAACAACUUUGGGUUCCCACUUUAUUUAAUGAGAAGGUAGUAAACCGUUUAAUUAGAAUUUUUUCGGUACAGAAUCCGAAAUUUCCCAAGAUGUCAUAGGAAUCAGCUUAGUUUUAAAGUCGGUCCAUGGUACUCAAGGAUGAGUAGGUGCAACAUCAAAUUCAGAAUUCCCCAGGCAGCCUUGACAGCUGUGUAUUAAAAAGUGAUUUUGAAGGAUGUUAAUUAACAACAAGCAGUCUGGAAAAUGAUUUUAAUGCUCCUGUUCCACUCUGAUACUCCAGCCUUUUUAAUUAUGUAGCACCCGUUGACCAUGAGUCACUGAGCACUCAGCAAUUUUAGUAGCAGAUGCGAUCGUGAAAGAGAAGAGAAAAAAAACAACAAAUCACUUGCAGAAUUUUAUUAGUGUCAGUGUGAAGUUUGCUGAUGAGCAUGCAUUCGACUCUCAGCGUGUCAGGCACAGACGUGACGUGACACAUCCGAAAGCGUGUGGAAAGCUUUCCCACAAUGGCUGCCAAAUACCUAUUGCAAGUCAGCAAUGCGGUUUUACUGUAUUGUGCUUCGUAAUUCUCCGACUCUCUGAUCUUCUUAAGGGUGAUGUAUUACAGCGAUGUGACGUAAAAGCUCGAGUAGGCAUGAGGAAUGAACAAGGAUACAUCUGCAGUGUAUCCUUACCCUAAAGACCCAUUCUCUGUAUUGCUAUAUUGGUCCUACUCUCUCUCUCUUUCUCUCUCUCUCUCUCUCUCUCUCUCUCUCUUUUUCUCUGUCUCUCUCUCUCUCACACACACUCACACACACUCACAGACACCCAGAGUAACACACAAACACCACUGUGUAUGAAGCCCUGAAGGCAGAAGUUCUAAAACAUGAAUGUGUUGUAAAUCUCUCCAUAAGUUGUACAAGAACUUUUGUAAACUCAGUAUUUAUUUUGGUGGAUAUAAAGAUUGAUAUUUUUCAUGUAAGGCUUCUCUUUCAGGGAGCUAUGUGGAUUACUUUUUCUGUUGCUAUGUGACAGCUCUAAUUAAAGAUG